UCACGUGACAUGAUGCCGUCCAGUAGUUCUGUCCUGACAUUACUCUAUAAAUAUCUGCAGGACGAUAAGCUCGUAGAGUUUGUGACUUUACUUCGUACAUCUGACACUGAUACAAGACAGUUGGCAGUAAACCUGAAGCCUGACAGCACUGGCAACACACUGUUCUUCACUGCAUGUCAGAUGUCAAAACUACCAUUUGUUGUACACAUGUUGUCUGAGUGUAGCCCUGACCUAGAGAUGCCUGGACUUUGUACUAAAGAUGAUCACAUUUCUCUUCAUUAUGCUACUCCAUUAUGGCUGGCUGCCUUUUCCGGUAAUUCGCCCUUGGCCCAAUUAUUGAUUUGUCACCGGGCCGAGGUAAACGCCAUAUCAUCUUCUGGCUCCACGCCAAUAAUGGCCGCAUGCAGUGGUGGUCAGCUGGGCGUCGUCUUUCUAUUAGUGGCUAAUGGCGCCGAUAUUCAUCGCAAGACCAGCCUAGGAAUCACCUGCCUGAUGAUGUCAACACAACAUCCAGAGAUCGCCCAACUCCUGAUCAGGUGUGGAGCUAGAGUCAACGAUGCUGAUUGUCUGGGCAACACUGCCUUGCACUACGCCGCUGAAGUAGGCUGCAUAAAUACUGUGAAAGUAUUAAUUGAAAUGGGAGCCAAUCCGCUGAUUCAAAAUCUGGAUAAAUGCAAUGUCAUUUUAACGGCAGCCAAAGCUAGAAACGAACAUAUAGUCGAAUACCUCCUUGCAGUACGGAGCCCUAAAACCUCUGAUAUCAUCACUGCUUAUCUAGUACUUGGGGCUAUGACCAUUGUCUUGGAGGACAAUUAUGCAGAAGGUGUGCGUCAUUGGCAGAAGGCCAUUGCUCUACAUAAGUUGACCCCUACAUAUGUCCACACCUUCAAACUCAAGAAAUCUACCUUGGCUGAGUGCUUCAACAAGAAUGAUUUGGAAAUCCCCCAAGAAGGACUAGUUCACAUUACCGAAGACAGCAAUAAGUUAAAUCUUCAGGCUUUGAUUAUUUGCGAGAGACAAUACGGGCCUAAGAAUCAGAAUUUUAUCAAUCUUCUAAUGUACAGAGGCGCUGUGUGUGCAGAUAAAGACCAGUUCACACAGGCACUACGCUUCUGGAAGCUAGCCUACACACUGCAAUUGGAGAAACUUAUGAACUGGAAACACAUUGACUCGAAGCAUCUCUACAUGUUUGAACUUUUUCAUGCCAGUGUGUUGAAAACUGUUGAGUACAUUGUCCAGACCUUAUUCCAUCAUUGGAAGUUUCAGGACAUUUACAACGUGAAAGUGGACCAUCCGUUAGUUCCAGAGACUCUCACUCGAGAUCUAGUCCAACAAGUCGUAUGCCACAUAGAGAAGAUUCUGUCCAAUCACAGCGAAUCUGUAAGUCACGUGACUUUCUUAGCUCGCUCUUGCCUAUGUAUGCUAUUCAUCUAUCUACACAUGUACCCUGCAUCAAUACGAAGCACUCAAAUUGGACUUCAUCUUCGUCGCCUCAUUCGCUUAAAUCCUCGAGGUGAUCUCAGCGAAACUUUACUCCACAUGUGUUUGGACAUUCACCUACUGGACUCCAUGGACAUAAAUCAUCACAUGAAGCGACACUGGCCAUCUUGUGAGAUGGUGGACAUUCUACUUCUCCUGGGCGCCAAUCCCCACGCGCGAGAUCUAGAUGGCAACACAGUCCUUCAUAAAGCUGUGCUACUGCAUUCCAAGGAACAUGGACUGACCUCUGAACUUAUUACAACUCUAUUGAAACGGGGUGUCCACCUAGACCAGGUGAACCACAAGGGUCAAACAGCUUUAGAUCUGUUGUCUCCAGGGGAUGGUUUAAGACAGGUGGACACAAUGUUCUCCUUGCAAUGUUUGGCAGCACGGACAGUUGCUACUUAUAAACUGAGUUACAUUGGAGAAGUACCACGUGACCUGUAUUCAUUCAUAGAGCUUCACGCAUCUUAAUACAAGCCAACUUGCUUCCUAAGACUUAGAUUCUUCAGCGCCGUUUGCACAUUGGCUGGCAAGCUGUCUUCAUAGAAAUCGUUUACCAGCAUGUCUGCAGCCUCAUCAAAAUUUUUAUUUUAGCAAGAAGUUUGUAGUUGUCUGUUUCUUUCUUUGAGAUAUUAGUAACUGAUAAAAGAAAAGGAAUAACAGGGCUGAGUAGACAUCUACAAGCAGCAGCAGUUAAUGUAAAAGACACUGAAUUAUAGAUAAUAAUUGCUUUUUUUUUACAAUUUGUGUCUCAAUGGCACUUUAUAGCAUCUCUAACAAACCUUUCACUAAGCAACAUUUUCUUAUCAUCUAUGACGUCCUGUGGAAAUUAGUUUUAAACUGACGUUAAUAAAGAUGGCUGCAUGGUCGGGUGGCAUGCGCUCUGGACUGUCAUUUUAUGGACACGAUGUGUCCGAGCCCUUCCCGCCGACCAGCAGUCUGGGAAAUCAUUUCCUUCAAAUCUGAAAUAAAUAUCUGACAAUGUUUACAACAAAAAAACAAAGAGCUUUAUAAGAGAACAAUGGGACAGAUACAACUUUCUGGCCCUUUACAACGAAUUCUAAGGAUUUAGAUAUAUUCUUUUGGGUUUGAAACAAAAAAAUGAAACUUUUAAUUUGUAAGUUUUAUAUUAGUUAUCCUGUAUUGGUCAAUGAAUAUAUACCAUUUUAUUUAGUUUUUAAGUAUCAUCAAUGAAUGUAUAGUAUUGUAUUUUAGUUAUUCAGUAUAUGGCAAUCUGAACAUUAAAAAUAAAAAUACAUUUCAUAAUAUCCUAAAUGCUGCUUGUAAGGUCAUUGGCAAAAAACAACAAACCUCAGAUGGGCAGCUGUUUGAGACAAAAAUAUAUUAGAAAACUAAAAAAAAAAUUGAAAUAAAGAAUCACCCUUUGGAUCAGAAUUUUGUGAUUCUAUCAACACAAAAGAGAUACAAGAUACCGAUAACAAAGAAAAACAGACACAAUAAUUUUUUUUUUGUUUCCCUAUUCCCUGGCAAUCAAACCAUUAAAUACGAUGGAACUAUCUGAUACAAACAUUUCACAUGGACAUUUUGAGUGAGUCUGGUGUGAAUGUAUACUUUUAUUUUCUAUAGUUAUUUUUUUUUUUUGGUAUUAUGCACACACCUAACAUACAUUUUCUAAUGGAUAAUAAACAUUAGUAAAGUAUUUAAAAAGCUCUGUUGAUGUUUACAUUAUAAAGUUUAUACCUCUCAGUAUUUGGGAGUAGCAUCCCUUGUAACUACUGUUGUUAAUCAAGAUGGCGUCUUAAUUAACAUAUGACUUCCCAGUUAUAGACAACACUAAGCGUUCUGUGCUUAAUUGUUUAAGAUAAUAAUUAUUUUUCUCUAAUUAGAUAAUCCUAGGCCUGAGUCUGGUAGCAAAAAUUUGUUUAGUUGUUCAAAAUAUUAACUGGAUGUUUCUUACCGUCUGGCAGCAACCAAUUGUUAAUUAGAUGCUGUUAAAGUUUCCAGUUUGAAAAUAAAAUAAUACAUUUGUUGAUUAAUAAUAAAGUUGAUUGUUUUUUUUUUCUAAAGAAAAUAAAAGGGAAGCAAGCAA